CCAAAACCCUUCCUCUCUCUGCUCUGCUUUUUUCCACUCAACUUUUUCACACUCAGAUACCGUAGCCUUCGGACACAAAUCCACACCGUUUUUCUACCAUUGUUUUCAAACCCCAAACCCCAGAGAAUCGGAAACAGAGACGCCGACGCCGACGCCGACGCCGACAUACACUCUAGUCCUAUUCCGCCAUGUCCUUAACUUGAGUAACAACCAACCACACACACAGAAAACAGCCAUUUUCUCCGUUUCCGUCCGACCCACUUUCUUGUUUUCUUUCCACGGCCCAUGGCGGAGACCGGCGUCUACGGCCGUUUUCCAGGGAGUUUGGACCCGACAGCCCAAGAGUUUCGGCCGAGAUAUUCGACCACUGUGUUUAUGCCGCAACCCCACCAGGUUUUCUUUCCGUACUCCUCGCCAUAUCCACCAAUCGGUGAUGUCCCUCUUCUGCCGUUCUGCGAGGGUGAUGUAGGUUACGCGCCGUUUCCAACUCCGGCGCCGGCGUACAUACCAGUGCGGUCGCUAGGACAGGCGGUGUCGUCGGUUGCGACUCGGUCGUUGGUGGUGAGUUUAGUUCCUUGCGAUGUAAGCGAGACGAUGGUGAGAAGAGAAUUGGAGGUGUUUGGGGAGGUUCGAGGAGUGCAAAUGGAAAGGGUGAAGGAAGGGAUUGUAAUCGUCCAUUUCUAUGACAUUCGGCACGCCGAGAGGGCCUUGCGAGAGAUUCGGGAUCAGCACAUGCACCAUCAGUGUCGCCUUCGUAACUAUUUUAACAACAACAACAACAACAAUAACCGUUUCUUCUUUUCAAAUUCCGCUCCUCAAUUCCCUGAUUUCCCUCUCCCUCGUCCUUCUCCGGCGCCUGGCCUCAUCGCCGGCCAUGCUGUCUGGGCCCAGUUCGUCGUUCCGGCCAGUAAUGCUGUUCCGGCUGGGAAGAAUCAGGGAACUAUCGUCGUCUUCAAUUUGGACUCCACUGUUUCCACUUCCUGUCUCAGAGAAAUCUUCGAGGCUUUUGGUCCUGUUAAGGAGUUAAGAGAGACGCCAUUGAAGAUGCAGCAAAGGUUCGUUGAGUUUUUCGACAUUAGGGAUGCUGGGAAGGCUCUAAAGGAGAUGAAUGGAAAGGACAUCAAUGGGAAAUCAGUAGUGAUUGAGUUCAGUCGGCCGGGCGGCCAUGGCAACAAGUUUUUCAAUGCUAACUUGACCGCUCCGGCCAUCUGCGGCUCGAAUAAUAUAUACUCUAGAAGUCUGAAGUCCCCACCCCCUCAGCCUCCGCCGCCACCGCCUCCUCCCACGCCGCCGAGGAAUUUCUCAGGUGGGGCAGCUUCAAAUGUUCCGCCGCGCUGGUAUUACUCAAAACCCCAUAGUUUCUCUAGGAAACUGAAUCCGCGGAAGGGGAGUCGAAGCCCGAGAAACCCCAGGAAGGGGUUGGAGUCCGUCGAUGUGAAUGGAAAAAUGGCGUCUCUCGAUUUGGAAGGCGGCGGUGCGUGCAAUAAAAUCGACGAGAGAGAAUCGUGUGAGACAUUGAGAAAGAAUUCAAAGAUCAGCCACAGUAGUCCCGCUGUUGCUGCCGACCAACAGCCACAGCAGCUGCAGCCCAGUAGGAAUAAGCUAAGGAAAUGUAGACAAUCCAGGAAGUUCGACUCUCGAUUCCUUAUAAACGACAACAACAUGGUGGAAUCCGAUUGCAGAGAUUCAAGAACCACUGUGAUGAUCAAGAACAUCCCCAACAAGUACAGUCAGAAGUUGUUGUUGAACAUGUUGGACAACCACUGCAUUCACUGCAACGAGCAGAUGGGCGACGGGCAUAGCCAGCCACUUUCCUCCUACGAUUUUGUAUAUCUACCCAUUGAUUUCAACAACAAGUGCAACGUUGGAUAUGGGUUUGUAAACAUGACCUCGCCGGAGGCCACAUGGAGGCUGUACAAGGCGUUUCAUCUUCAACCUUGGGAGGUUUUCAAUUCCAGGAAAAUCUGUGAAGUCACCUAUGCCAGAGUUCAGGGACUGGAAGCACUAAAGGAGCACUUUAAGAACUCAAAGUUUCCAUGCGAGAUGGACCACUACCUGCCAGUGGUGUUUUCACCGCCUCGGGACGGGAGGGAACUGACGGAGCCACUGCCCAUUGGCGGCCAGAAGCAGCAGCCUAUCACCAUUGGCCUCUCGACUACUCCAUCUUCUGGCAGCGAAGAUGAUGGGGCUGCUGCAACUGCGACAACAGUGGUUGACCAACAGGAGGAAGCCGUGAAUGGAAGCAGCAGCAGCAGCAGUGGCAGCAGCAUUGGGUGCAGUAGUAGUAGCCAAAGGUGCGGUGGCGUUGAUGAAGAAUACGACGGUGAUCAGUAUGAAGUAUCCUAAAAAUGGGUACAAAAUGU